AUGAGUGUGGGAAGCAGUAUUGCAAUUUACGGUCGCAGAUUGGACGGUCCCACGCGGAGCUUCCUGACGUGUGCCGGCGUCCCAUCAGAGCCUGACACAGACCACAUCCUUCACCUGAAGGCACUCAUCAGCGCCGCACUGGACGUCUACUCCUUCAUGCGCUCCAGUGUGGCCGGCGUGCCGGUCGUGGAUCUGUCGGGAGGCAUCAGUCUGAACGAGGAUCACGUGAUCAGAGCGUGGCUGGACAUCAAACUCACUCCUCUGCUGUCGUCCGUCUCCAGAAACUUCCUCACAUGCCUCAGCAACAGAAACUUCAGCUGCAGCGCCUACCAGACUGUUGUAAAGGAGUUGAGUCAGCAUUUCUCCGGUCUGGAUCCAGUGCGACAGAAGUGGAUCUAUUCUUUCUUCAUGUACCCGUUUCUCUCUAGAAACACAUCCUCAGGCUGUGUAGAUCCAGAGGACAGCACUGAGGACUGGCUCUUGAAGAACUUCGGCUCGUUCUCGGUCAUGGCUCAAGUGCGUGACUUCACGUCCAUCAACAUGCUCUUCAGCGGGCUGGAGGUUUUGCACCUCUUGAGUCCAGAACAGAAGGCAGAGCUUCUCCUUCAUCCGGAGGUGGUGGGCUUGACAGACGGCUCCCUCGGCCUAGUGUUUCAGAGUUUGCGUUCCACUCUGAUACCCUCUGAGGAUCCAUGGCCUUCACAUAACGGCACAGCGUAUUAUAUGAACACCGUUCCAUCCGCCUCACUUCAAGACCCUCUUGGACAGGCGCUGAAUGGAUUCAUGACGGCAUUCAGUCCUGUCGGGAGUUUUGUUAGACAGUUUGUGUCCUUGACGAAGCAGCAAAACUUGAGCAGCAUGCGGAGCACCACACUGGUGCAGGCCAUGAUCAACCUGACGCUCGCCGAGCUCGCCGCUCCCUUCAAGCAGAAUUCCAGCCAGCAGCUGGUCACGUUUGACCCUGUGAACAUUAACGACUGGUACACGCACGUGGUUUCUCCCAUACUCCGGCGAUUCCUUCCUCCUGGCCAGAUAGAAAUCCACCCCAACCUCACGGCUGUCUUCCAUAACCAGUUCUACAUUGAGACGGGAAUGGGAACUGGAGCCCAGAAUGAAAAUCAGGACAUCUGCAGCGUCUUUAUUGAUAACAGAACGUGUGGGCUGACGGACCUGGUGGAACAUGUGGCCACGGUCCUGCACUGCGCAGCACGCUCAAACCUCACGCUCAACGAGGAGACGCUCUCGAGUGUCCUCCUGCAUCUCUCCCAGAACCUCAACGCUCUCCUGCAGCAGCUAUCCAUGACCAACUUCAGUUCCCAGAGUUCCCCCUUCAGUGACAUCCUGGACCAAAUGGUUCAUGACACCUUCACGAUGAGCAACUUGCAGGAUGAGUCGUUUGUGAGAUUAUGGUUCCAGAUCAAGUUAAAGCCUCUUCUCUCCACACUCACUCCAGAAUAUCUCACGUGCCUCAGUCAAAAAGAGUUCAGCUGUCAAACCUUCCAGAUACUUGUUUCAGAACUCAGCGACAACAUGUUCCUGAUGUCAGAAGAAGGUUUGCAGGAUGUUUACCAGCAUUUCAUCUCAUCCUUCCUGAGCCGACAAAAUGUUUCAGGUGGCUGCCCUGCGGAGAACAGCAGCAUCUGGGUUACUCUGAAUCUUGGUGGAUUUUCACAUUUUGCUACGUUGAGGGAAAUGUACCAGCUGAACCGAGACUUCAACGCUAUAGAUGCACUGCUGGUUCUCUUCCCAAGACAGACAGCUGAACUCAUAGUUGAGUAUUUUGCAGGUCUCCCAGAGAAAAACAUCAUCAUAAACAUGGUUUUUGAUCACAUCCUGGUUUCUCCUGAAGACCGUGGUCUAGUUGAGAUGCUUGAAUAUCUCAUCAUGCUCGCUGGCCAGAUGGGUUUGGAGUGCUCGUCUUACCAGCAGAUAGUUCAGAGGCUGCAGGAAUCUGUGGUUCCUCCACACAUGAUGCAACACAUCAAGAACUACACGAGUCAGCUGGAACACAUGGCUCCUCCUGGCUGUUUUCCACCACCUGUAACAUGUAUUUCAACAUCAGUCAACGAGACAUCAAUUUGUAAUGGAAUCAGCAGUAACGAGACUCUCCUGUCCGCUGGACUCGUGAGCGCCCCCUGUAGUGUGGACCUGCAGCAGUACGCUUGCUCUUCGAUCACAAGCUUCACUCCUGAAAGCCUGGCUGGGCUCCUGAAGUGUCAACUAUCCAGCAGCAGAAGUUACUCCAAGGAGAUCUGGAAACUCCUUUUCACCAAAGCAAAUGAUGUUCUGGACGGAGCCCUCGUCAUCUUCUCCAGCACAGCGGCAAAUAUGUCUCAGCCAAUCAGAGGUGAUGUCGUGUCCCAAGUGCUGGAUGUGAUUGGAGAGCUGAGACUGGAGCGCAUCAGUCCUGACCAAUGGAGUGACGUCACUUUCAUCAGCAUGUUGUUGGGUCAAUAUCUGAAGCCCCUGUCAGAGGUCACACUUGUCAAUGAGACCCAAGGAAGAAACAUGGCGGACUUCUUCAUCCUGGCCUUCCUCAGAAGAAACGCAACAGAUGCGGGCUGUGUGUCGACUGCUAACAACAGCGCUGAGUGGCUGCAGAAGAACUUUGGCUCGUUCUCUCAGUUCGUGUCUCUCAGAGAUCUGCUCUCCAUCAACGGACUCUUUAAUCCCGUCGUCUUCACAUCUUCACAUUUGGAGACCCUGGACAAUCUCACUCCAAAGCAGGUGGCUGGACUGAUGGCUGAUAAUCUGCCUGGUCUUCCAGAGAAGGAAGUCAUCAUCAAUAGAGUGUUUGAUCAUCUGCUUGUGUCUCCUGUGGAACGAGGACUUCCUGAUGUUCUCCAAAACCUGCUCUUAAUCUCACAGAUGACCAUUAUUCCGUGCAGCUCCUACAUACUGAUAUUUCAGAGGCUGUUUCAGGCUUUACCUUCCCUGCCGACAGAGAUGGAGACUCUGGUCUUCCACAUAACUGGAGAACUCAAGCAGAAUGGAGCAAGAGACUGCUCACUUCCUGAACCUCCAACAUGUUUGAUCACACCUGUGAAUGGUAAGUGCAUUUCUACAUUACACCUGUUUGGGAUGUUGAACCAAUCAGCCUGUGUAACGGAGUCUGAAUGA